UAUACAUUCAACAAUCCACAACGUAUCAGUAGUAUCCUUGUGUGUCUUUCAUCAUUGAUUAUACUGUAUCAAUGCACUGUCGCCUAUUCAAUGGUUGAAUGGUAUAAAUUAAUUGGUUUAGUCAUAAAUGGAUUAUUUUGUUUUGUUAAUUUCUACUUACAUUUACGUAAUUCAAUAUUAGUACAAUUUGUUUAUUCAAAGAAAGUUGAGUGUACUUCACCAACGUCGUCAUCUCUUCCUACGAGUACUACUGCCACUACGACGACUCCUAGUGCUACUGCUGUUGUUAAUCAGACUGUGAAUCAUGGGACUGCUAACGCCUUCAAUGUUUCUUCGGUGAAUUCUCCUUCUUAUUCUUCUUCUUCUUCUCCACCUCAUGGUAAUUCGCCUAAUCAUACUACUCAUUUGAGUAGGAAUUCAAUAUCGAUGUAA